AUGGUCGAUGAAAUGCUGCCAUGUCUUGUGUGCGACCAGCCCCUGCCUGUAGACGUCACCGCCCGCUGUCUGACCGAUUGCUCGCACGAAUUCUGUCUCUCCUGCUUGUGUUCGUGCUUGGCUGUCAAUGAAAAUCAAUGUCCAGGCUGUCGCGUCCAAGUGAAACGGGUGACUCAGCUGCAAGAUGCAGCUGCCCCUAAAGCAGCGUUCGUGCGCUUUCGCAAUGCCGUCUACGUUCUGAACGUGUCCAUAUGGACAGUGGACGACCCGGCCAAAGUUCUGGCCUCACUCUUCAGCUUAAAGCAAGCGAGACUAAUUCAUCGAGGCAAAGUGCUUAAGAAAGGCGAUGUAUGGCCUGGAUCAGUAGUGCAGCUCUUUGGAACCCAUAAGGAGGUGCUACAGACGACAGCAACAGACGGGUAUCUAGCUUGGCUUAGCCGCGAAUGGCUGCACAAGGCAAAACUAGUCGUGUGUUGUCCGGUUAGUAUCCUCUUUGACUUUUUCAAGUCUCUGUUCGGUAACGUGGGAGAGCAACGGAGUGAACGAGGAUAUGCCCGGGUAUCGACUAGGGAUGUCGCCUCGGUUUCCAGUUUUCACGAGCCGGGACGAGUCCCGAGUCCAGGCCAGACUGUGUCGCCCUAG